AUGCGAUCAACCACUUUCAAAGCCCUGUUCACCCUCUUACUACCUUUGGCCGGUCUACCACUUUCGACCGCCCGACCAAUCAACGAGAAUGCUCAUGGACUCAUCGCAAGAUACACACCCGAGACGAGUGUCGCAGAAACAACUGAGGAGGUUUCUGCCCCUACAUCCACCACUGAGGAGGCAUCGGUUCCUUCAACUUCUGCAGAAGUUACUUCAGCUGUUUCGUCUGAAUCUCCUUCUUCAUCCACCGAGGCUCCUUCCACCACCGAGGUUGCUCCGGAGGAAAGUUUUACCUCCGAAGCUGCUACAUCGACUGAUAGUCCAUCUCAAACCGAGGUGGCAUCCACCACCGAAGUUCCAACUUCAUCCGAGAGUUCUGCUCCAUCGACCAUCACGAACACCUGCGAGGAGACUGCCACCGAAACCCUCGCCCCUUCCGAAAGUACAACCUCUGCUCCCGCUCCAGUUGACUCCACAUCCGAGGCAGCCCCUCCUACUUCUACUGCUCCUCCCGAGGGCGAAGACGACUGCGAAGAGGAAGAAGACGAUUCCACACCUUCCGCUACCACUUCCGAUGCAGCUACCCCUACCGAAUCUGCGAGCCCGGAUGAUUCCGAGGAUUGUGAAGAUGAGGAUGAAGGACCUUCUGCUACUACUUCCGACGCAUCUGCUCCCACUUUCUCUGAGGAAGGUUGCGUAGAUGAGAAUGGCAAGUCAUGUCCCUGCUCCCAAGUUUGGGCUACCAUGUCAACAUCUGCUGCUGCCGCUCCGACCACAGAUGAAGCCUCCGUUCCUACUACUACUAAUUCUCCCCCCGCCUCAGAAGACUGUGAAGAAGGCGCAUCGUCCAUCUACGAAUCAUUCGAAAGUAGCUUAACUGCCAGUCCGACCGGGAGCGGAAGUGCGAUCAUUUCAACUGCUCCCGUGACUGGUGAAACUUCAGAAGCUGCUGUCCCCACCACCUCAAUUGCUGAGACUUCAGCUCCUGUAACUUCGGAACCGGCUCCUCCUUCAACUUCCGAUGCUGCUAUCCCUACGACCUCUGCUUCCUCUGAGGCUGCAUCAGCUCCUACCACCUCUUGUGAAUCUUCCCUAGCAGAAUCUUUAGCUCCUUCAUCAACAGAGGAAACUUCCACCGCUCCUGUCCCAUCUCAGACUUCGAGCGAAGGAUCCACUCCGGAUGAAGGCGGGGAUUACGAUUCCAAAUAG